CUGCCCUCAGCCGACAUGGCGCCUUGCCCGCCCACCUUCCCCCGCUGCCCGCAACAAACAUGGCGGCUCCCAUUCAGUUUCUAUAGUGCCCGCCCUCUACGCGCCCCCGCGGCGGCUUCAGCGGCUUCAGCUCUGCCGACGCAAAGAUGGCGGCGGCGAUUGCGGGCGUUUGAAUUCCAGGGAAGCCGCCAAACCCUCGCACAAAGGCAGCGGGAGCGGCAGGAGCGUCCCAUGGAUUCGCUGCCGGGGGAGGAUCCCACGCUGCCGCUGGCGCUGGAGGGCAGCGCCAGCGCCUCCCAGCUGCCGGACAUCUCCCGCGGGGACCCCCAGCCCGGCCCGCCCGGCGGACAAGUGUUGCCAGAUGUGGCAGAAGACACAGUCUCACCAACUCGAGCUCGGACCAUGAAGGACUAUGAAAAUCAAAUCACUGAUCUGAAAAAAGAAAACUUCAACCUGAAGCUUCGUAUCUAUUUCCUGGAGGAGCGAAUGCAGCAGAAGUUUGAUGGUCCCACUGAAGAAAUAUAUAAAAUUAACAUUGAGCUGAAAGUUGAAGUAGAAAGUCUGAAGCGUGAACUGCAGGAGAGAGAAAAACUACUCAUCAAAGCCUACAAGGCAGUUGAAAGCUUGGCCCAGGGUGGUGAUGCUGAAGUGCAGCGUGUGAAAGAGGCACAAAAGAAGAUGCAAGAGAUGGAAGAGAUGCUGACUGGGAGAAUAAACCUUCUAGAAGAGAAUCUUAAAGCUGCCCAAGAAGAUGUGGAAAAAGCCAUGGCAAUGACAGAGAAGGAGAAAGCUCUGAGAGUGGCAGCUGAGCAGAAACUUUCUUCAAUUAUGAAUGCCCCUGCCAAGGAUGUGGAUAUGGUUACAGCAGCUGAGAAAGACAGACUUAUAGAGCAACUGAAUCUGUCUCUGAAGAGUAAAGAAGCUCUAAUUCAAUACCUCGAAGAGGAAAAGUCUAAGAGUGGAUCUUAUGAUGGGAACUUGCCAGCAGAAAAAAUCAGAGAACUUACCAUUGCUUUGAGGCACGAAAAAGAUAGUGAGAUAGAGGCUCUUAGAAUGGAGCUUAAAAAUGAGAGAAAUUCCUUUGAAAAAAAAAUUCAGUCACUCCAAGAAGAGCUACAAGAGAGAGAAAAUGAGCUUGCUGUGGAAAAGAAGAAUGGUUUGAAAAGGGACAAAACUAUCCAAGGCCUAACUGUUGCCUUAAAAGCAAAGGAAAGAGAGAAUGAGGAGCUUGGUUCUGAAAUUGAAGAGUUAAAUGCUUCAUUGGCUAAGGCAAGAGAAGCAACUCACAAGGCACAUGUACAAAAAUUCAAGGGUGCUGCAGAUUAUCAAGCUCUCCUGAUGGAGAAGGAGACCCUGUUGGCAGAACUUCGUUCAGAAAACCUGACCAAGGAUGCUGAAAAUCGCAGACUACAAAGGAUAAUUAAAGUGACCGGUCAAGAGCUGAGUGAUUUGAAUCAGGAAAGAGAGAAAAUGGAGAAGGAGCUGGAUGAGGCACAGCUACAGAAGAGUAGAAGUGACAAAACCAUUAAUGACCUUAGAAAUCAACUAGAGAAAUUACAUGGUGAAAUGACUGAGAAAGAAAAGGCAGUUGAACACCAUUACAAUAUUCUUUUGAGUGAAAGCAAUCAGAAGCUGCAGAGCCAAGAGCUUGUUAUCAAGAGGCUGACAGACAGUGUCAAUCACAAGGAUCUGCUGCUCGAGAAACUGGAUGGAACAGUUAAAGAAAAGGAUACAGAAUUGCAGGAGCUCCUGAAUAAGUACAAGAACCUUCUAAGAGCUAAUGAAGAACUUGAGCUGAAAAAUGAGGGCCUAGUAAAGGAAAAAUGUGCUGCACAGUCUCAACAGUCAAUUAUCAAGAUAGCCAGAGAGUUAGAGGAAAAUAAAGAAGCUGAGUAUGAGAAGCUGAUUCUUGCUUUAAGGAAAGAACAAAAUAUAUAUUCUACCCUAGUGAAGACCUUCAAAGAAUCGGAUAGCAUAAAUAGCUUGCAAGUGGAACUGAACAACAUUUUCAUGUUGAGAAAACAACUGGAAGAAGAUGUUUUAGGCAACCGGAAUCUACAGAAGGUCUUAGAAGAUCAGAUAAAGGACAUGAAAAACCGCCAAGAUGAAACACUAUCUUUCUGUGGUGAUCAAACAUCUUAUAUGAGUAUCUGUUUAGGAGAACCAGAUCAUUUAAGCCUGCAGAUAGAUCAUCUGUCUCUUGAAGAACUUAAGAAAAAGGUGUCUGAUCUGCUCCUGAUGGUUAAGGAACUGCAGUCAAUUAAUCAAGAACUUAAGGAAAGGCAGUCUGGAUGUUGUACAACAGAUUCUCAAGGGAAGGAAGCACUGAAAAUAUUAAACCACAGAGAGUGUCUUGAAACAACAGAGGAGCCUGUAAUGCAGACUGAAGAUGGUGACAGUGACAGGAAGAUGCAGAACAGUCAGUUUUGUGAGAGGGUCAGUCAGGUAUGCCUUCAGGUAUCUUUGGAUUUUCCUUGUGAGGUGGAUAAACAGCAGAUAACUCCAUCGGGCUAUUCAGAGAGUUUCUGCAAAGACAGACAUUAUAGGAGUCCAAUUAAGCCUCAAUUUGAGCAUGAUACAGCUGACAAACACUUGGGCAGAACGGGAAUGAGUGAAUAUGAAACAGAAGAGAGCUUGCUCACAUCUCUUUUAAGAGAAAAUAGAACAUCUGUGCUGGAAUCUACCAGACAAGAACAAAUGAAAAUUGUAAAUGAACUGUUAGAUCAUCUGAACACGACUGAGGAAGAAUGUUCAAGUGAAGAUAUAGAGAAAAAGGAUGAAAAAGAUCUUAAGCAAAUGAUUAUUCAACUAAGAGCUGAACUCAAACGUUUCAAGCAGGUCACUAAAUUCUUAAAGCAGCAAGUAAAAUUGAAAUCAACUUUUGAUGGGAAAGAGAAGCUUUAUCCAGAUGCAGUGCCACAGAUUAAUAAGGAUAUUCAGUUGUUGAAAGUGGAAUUGAAAGAUGCAGCUACACAAACAAUGACUUUAGAGAGUAAUGUCAUGAGAUUCAAACAUGAAGGCAAAAAAGGAGCCUCAGAAGAAAAGUCAAACUAUUCAAGAUUAAAUGCAGAAAGAGAACAUCAGCAAGGAAAUGUGUAUAAGAAGGGUGAACAGCAUGAAAGACUUUUUUUUACAAGAACAAAUGAAGCUGGCUCUUCUUCCCUGCCCAAGAAAUCCCGUCUGCCCGUGCUCUUAAAAUCCUCCAGACCCUUAGGAAAUGUGCCUUUGAACUCCUGGAUGCAGAAAUCGAGGUCAGAACCACAGUGUUUUACCAGGACACCCUGGGAAGGUCUGAAAGCUUGUGAAGCACAAACCAAACCACUGCAGGCACAAACUAAUGGAGACUCACUGGAUGAGUCUGGAGCUGAAAACCUUGGAGAAGAGCCUGCCCAGGGAAGCACAUCAGGGAGAGUUGACUCAUCGCUCAAAGUGGAUAAUAGUGAAACCCAGGUGGAGUUGGAAGGUGUUGAUCCAGGUACAGAGGACAAGAAUGAGUAUGUGAUGGACAAAAAUCAGCAAAGCUAUCAAGCCUCCUGUUUUUCAGACAUGCAAAAUCAUCAUAACAUUAGCAAUGGGAAUAUUCAGAGUUCAUUAGAAGAGAUGGAUGCAGAGUUUUAUCCCAUGGAACACGAGGACAUGGACUCAGCCACUGCACGUUCGGGCUCCGAGCGCCCGCGCUCCUGCAAAUUGAGUGGAACAAGUACAGAUGCACUCGAUGACUGUGAAGCCACAGAUGAUGUAGAAGAACUGAAACAAAGAAUUAAGAAUAUGAAGUCUGAGCUUGAAAAGUACAAAAUGUUCCUGUUUCAGCUGCAGAGCUCUGACCAUCUCCUGCUCAGUGGUAUUCCUAACGAAGUUGUGAGUGACGCAGCCUUGCCCGUGGAAGGGUCUGGAACACAAGUGUCACAUAAAGCUAUGCAAGACAUCAAAGAAUUCUCUGAUGUCCAUCAGCUGGAUUAUGAGAUCCACACUGAAAACAGGAAUUCAGAGCCUUCAAAAGCACCUGAUACAUGGGCAGCACAAAACCUUAAGGAACUGCUGUUGGAAAAUGAGGCAGAACAUGAGAAAGAGCAAGUUGCAAAUGUGCAUCUUGAUGAAGUGUAUCACCUUCAGAACAAACUGGGGGAAACAUCACCAUCCAAAUAUGAUUCAUUAGUUCAUUCCCAAGCUCGAGAGCUCUCCUUUCAAUGCCAACAAAUUAAAGAGAUCCGCUGUGGCUGUGUCACUUACCAUCAGCAUCUGACAAGUCUGGUUAAAGCCUUUGAGGAGCUGCUUCAGGCCAGUGAUGUUGAUUAUUAUGUUGCUGAAGGCUUCCGUGAGCAGCUGAAUCAAAGUGUCCUGUUGUUUGAGAAGCUGGAAAUGAAAUUCCUCUAUGGAGAAUCAAUAGGUACAGAAGUUACUAUACUUUAUGAAUUAGCUCAAAGGGAUAACGAGAAGAACGCCACGAUGUACCAGCAGCUGCAGGAUGAGUCCCCUGUACCAUCUGCUCUUCAGAGCUUGUCUGACUUUGAUUUGUCAGAGAAGUCUCCUCUUGGCUCACCCGAGCACAGGCGUGACCUGGAAGGCCAGCACAGCAAAGUGCCAAGCAAGUUCCCCCCAGAGUUAUUAAUGGAGCAUCUGCAAGAAAUUAGAAUCCUGAGACAGCGUUUAGAAUACUCCAUAAAAACUAAUGAGAGACUGAGGAAGCAGCUUGAGAGACAAGUAACAGACAAGGAACUAGAUCAAGGUUCUGCAAACAUUUUUAUCCAUGGCUCAGAGCAGCAUAAUUCCCUCACUUCUGAAAUACAUUUCCUGAGGAAGCAAAAUCAAGUUCUGAAUGCAAUGUUAGCAAAAGGAUCCAGAGAUAAACAAAAGGAAAAUGAAAAGUUAAGAGAAUCUCUUUCUAAAAAGAGUGCAAUCAUUGAGCAUCUUCAGGAGGAUCAUGAGUGCAUCAAGAAGGAAAAUGAAAAGUUGCAAAAACAAAUUUGCCAAAAGGAAGAUGAAAUCAGAUACCUGACAUGUCAGAUUUACAGCAGUCGUAAUGAAUUAAACAGGUUGCAAACAGAAAUCAAUGUAAAGCAACAUCAGAUCUCAGAGAAUGAGAAGUUACUGCAGUCGCUGCGGACGGAGAUCAAGGUGUAUGAAAAGCUGGAAGAAGCAAGAAGGAAGAGGACAGAUCCCAGAUGUGAUGCCUCAGAGGAAUUCAGAAAAGAUCAGAAUAAUCCACUUGACUUACACGAACUGUUGACUGAAAUACAGAGUCUGCGGGUGCAGCUGGAAAGGAGCAUCGAGACCAACAAGUCCUUGCAUGAAAAAUUAGAGGAACAGCUUUCCAAAGGAAAGAGGGAGGAAGUGGCAUCAGUGUCAGCUGUUAAUAUCAACUGUCUUUUCAAACCAGGAUCUCAGCACUGUGCAGGAGUGAAUGUAGAAAACCUUUGCAAAUGCCCUGCUGCCAGCAGAAACAUUUGUGAGCAGCAGAAGCAGAGGAGUGGACGUUGCAUUUCACUGGGGAAAACAGGUACACUCCCAGCCCCUAAGGAUGAUGUAGACAGUGCUUCCCACUGCAGCAGCACCUCCUGCUCCAGCACCACGUGCACCCCUCGCCUGGUGCCCGGGCACGGGGUGUGGGCGGACAAAAACGGGCGCCACGUGCUGGGGCUGAUCGAGGACUACGAGGCCCUGAGGAAACAGAUCACAGAGGGGCUGCAGGUCCUGGCAGAAAUGGAUAUUUCCCUGAGAGACAUCACUGGUACGAAGCUGCAGGAGCCUGGAGUAAAGGUACCAGCCCAGGCAUCCCUGCAUGGCUUUUCCACAAAUACUCACACAGUGCAGCAGAUUUUAGAAGAGGCUGCACGUUUACUGAAGCUUCUCUGGAGAGUUUCCCUUCCCCUGAAAGCUGCUCAUGGUACUGCUCAGGGCACUCAGGAUGAAGGGAUGAAAGCAGAAAUAUUUCGAUUACGGAAGAAACUGUCUGAGCAAGAGAGGAAGUUGCACAGCACAGUGAAACGCUUGCACUCCACAAACCAGCUGAAGGAAAACAUGGAGAAAGUCAUCAUUGACCAGUUGGUUUUAACUCAUGAUGUCUUGAAGAAAGCCAGAGGAAACCUGGAAGUCCCACCAGCUGAGAAUCAAAAAUCACCUUCCUACACCAGCAAAAAGAGGAUUCUCUGAAGGAGAAAGUUCUGCUAACACAGACUGGUCCUGGGAGUUGUUUGCUUCAUGCUGCCUUACUAUUUAUUGAUGUAAAAAUGUUUGUUCAGCUCUUUUAAUGGAAUCAGCCUUUGACCAAAAAAAAAAAGAGGACAAAAAAAGAAUUCUUUUGGUAAAUAACUUAUUUAACAUUUUCUGUAAUGUAAAGAUGGUUUUUAAUAUUUAUUACAGAAGCAAGGUACUGCAGGUACUGAGGAAAACUCCAUAUUUUUUUUUUUAAAGUUGGCACAUUUGAAAUUUUAUAUUUGUAAUUGUCAUGUUAUAAACCUAUUUGUUGUUAUAGUCAAACAGGUCCAGAAAGAGUCAAGAAUAUGAUCCACCUUCCACUGUUUCUCUAUUGCUAAAAUAAUGCAGGUUAAAAAAAAAAAAAAAAGAUUCUACCAGUUGUCAUUGUUUUGUAGAAAUGUGAAAAAUGUUCAAUAUUUUAAAGCAUUUUAACCAUCUCUGGAAGAUCCUUCUGGAAGCUGCCUGAUACUGGGCUUUCUUACUGUCCUGUUAGGAACUUAGAUUGAUGCUGUGUCUGAAAAUGUUACGUAGAAUCAGACAAUUAAAAUGAAAAAUAAUCACAAA